AUGGCGGCGGCCGGCGGGGCCCCGGUGCGGCUGCGGCUGCUCUUUGAUUACCCGCCACCGGGCAGCCCAGGCUGCGCGCUCUGCUGGCUGCUGCUGGAGCCCAGCCAGGUGCGCCUCAUCACCGACCUCGUCAGUCUCAUUCGCCACAGGUUCGGCUUCAGCCGGCGGGCCCGGCUCAGCCUGUUCCUGGAGGGAGCGUUGCUGCCCCCCACUGAGAGCGCCCGCCUCGUGCGGGACAACGACUCGCUCCGAGUAAAAUUGGAAGAGAUAGUUGCAGAUGAGUAUGAAGAGAUCGAUGAUGACUUCUCUUCUACACCAAAAGAAGCCAAAAAAAGGCCCAGACCAAAGCAUGAAGAGGAAGAAAUCUCUAGAAAUGAAGGCAACAGGCAUAAAAAGGAAAAGAAAAAGAAUAAACAUAAUCCUGAGUAUUCCUCUUGUAGGGAAGAGACCUCUGUAGAUAUUUGUGACUCUCAAAAAAAGUACAAGAAAAGAAAAAGAAGGGAAGAAGCUAGUGGGAGAAAUAGACUCCCAGAAGGUAAGGAAGAGAGCUCCACUGACCAGUCUAAAAAACUAAAAAUAACAGAGAGGGAGAAACAGCUGGCAACAAAAAAGAAGGAUCGAAAGCAGACAGAGGUUGCUGCAGCAAAUGUGGCUUUAGAACAGGCAAAUGGUAAAAGUAACACCAAAAACCCCACACCACAGCCCAGAAGAAAGAGGGCAGGAUCUUCAGAUUCCUCCAGCACAUCAUCUGACAGUAAUAGCAGUGAAGUGAAUGUAAAGCAAAAUAAAUCUUCCCAUAAAGCUGUAGUGGCAACACUUCCCAAAGACAAAUCCCAAGCUGCUGCCAAUGCUGGUGUGAAAACUGUUGUCUCUAACAAAGCUAACACUGAAAAUGCCACAAAGACUACAGUUAGUGACAAUGCUAAAAAAUCCCAGGCUACUAGUUCAGAUUCUGACUCCAGUACAGAGGAUGAGAAGGUGGCAACUGCCCAAGACAAGAAGUCACUGCCUAACAAGGUGACAGCUGUGAAACCCAGUGCCACCAAGGCUCCCAAAGCAAAGAGCUCCUCCUCAGACUCUGAUAGCUCAGACUCAGAAACUCUUGUGAUUAAAAAACCCACAGCAAAUGCUGGGCUGAGUAAUUCCACGGGGAGGAACUGCACUCAACAGCUGCCAACCACCACUGCCAACAGCCGCCAGGGACCACUCGCCAGCCAGGGCCGGGGCCGGGGGCGUGGAACAGGGGAUGAUAACUUCUGGAGAGCACCUAGGGGCCGUGGGUUUCGUGGCAUGACGUGGGGCCAAGGCCGUGGGAGAGGAGCAAACCCUGGCUUCUUCUACAACUACAGCAGUGAAGGCCAGAAACAGAAGCACUUAAAUGAGGAUGCAACAAAUGCUUCUGCUCUUGUCCAGGAUCCUGUGGAGGUCCCCAAGAGAGAUUACAGUGUUUUACCUCUUCUAGCUGCUCCACCACAAGUGGGAGAAAGAAUUGCCUUUAAGCGCUUGGAACUAACUGAAAAUUACAGUCCUGAAGUUUCAGACUACAAGGAGGGAAGAAUAAUCAGUUGGAAUGCUGAGAAGAAACAGAUUGAGCUUGAGAUCCUGUCAUCAGCAGCAGGACAGUCUGCUAAAGAGCCAGGGAAAUUCGAUCUGGUUUACCAGUCUGCAGAUGGAGCAGAACUAAUAGAAUAUGCUGUCCCUCAGGACACAAAGAUAACUGAGAUCUGGGAUGCACUGAUAGAGCCAAGACUGAUUGUUGAGCCUCCAGUUAACGGAUCCAGCGCUGCAAAUGGAACAGGCUGAGAUGUGAAGAACUGUACAUAACUGUUCAGAUGUGCUUAGUGGACUGCUGCUGCCUGGUUCUGGGGCCUGCAGAUGAACUGGUGGAUAUUUCUAAUAAAUGGUUUUAA